UGGGCCACCCAAAUUUCAAAACUAUGGAGAACUAUUUCAUUUACCAUUUCUUUAUGAAAAAAUGUUGGGAUACUAUGGAGAAGAAGAUAUUUCAAUAUUUCCAUGGCAAAACAAAGAACCUAGAAAUGAGGCUGAUUCUAUUCGGCUAUGGGAUAAGACAAACAAAAAUAAUUAUAUUUGUAUCGAGUUUCAUGAAGCUGUAUAUCCAAUCAAAGUUUGUAUUUACGAAAUACAUCAUCCUGGAAGCGUAAUUCAAACUUUGGCCCAAGAUUCUAAUAAUAAGUGGUUUAAGUUGUGGGAUAAAUCAUCUCAUUUUGUACCGCCGACAUCAAGAUUAUUUUCUCAACCGUUAUCGCAUCCGUGUAACUUUAAAACCAAAAUGCUCAGACUAACAUUUAAAAACAGUUCACGUUUCUCUUACACAAAGCUAGAUGCUGUGAUGCUCAUCGGUACAUCAGAAUUGAUCCUUUCUAGAAAUCCUAACGAGAACUUAACUAAUCUGUUAAAAAGAAUUAACUGCAUGUACUCUUUAUGCCAUGACAAUGUCCAUAAUUUAACAGCAGAUUUAAAAAGUGCACACUUGGAUAUAGUUCAUCUGCAACAGAAUUUUCCCGAAUAUUGUAUUAUUUGUAAAAGCGAUAUAAGAAGGGUUUCUUAUAAGAGUAAUUUGAAGCAAAAGGUAUCUCAGGAAGUAAUCCCUUGUUAUGAGCAACCUUUUGGACGGAGAUAUUCGCGUCGUGUUUUAUUAAAAAGUCAUUCAAAUUAUGCAAAGCGUAUGAAACUCUCUUCGGAUGAAUCUAAGGACCUAUCACAUUGCAUUUUGUCUGAGCUUACUGAUGAAAUACUACUAAUAAUAUUAAAAUACUUGGAUUUGAAAACGUUAUGCUGCAUGAGUAGAGUAAAUUGGUGCUUCAAUAAUUUAACACGGGACCCUUUACUCUAUACACGUUUGAACGUGCGACGUGUGACGGACAAAUUUAUUUAUACGCGCAAUGUAUUUCGUUACUUUACAGCUAGAUGUAAAUAUUUGCAACAAUUAGAUCUUACAGCAAUCAACUUUGAUGUUAAUGAUUUCGUAAACUUUUUUGAUAAUUGCGGCAGAAAUUUAACGCACUUAAAAUUAAGUCUCUGCGAUGUCGAUUUAAAUUCUGCCCUACUUAAAACUUCAGAGAUAUGCAAAAAUUUGAAAAAAUUGGAUCUAAGUUAUUGUCGACUCAUAGAAGACAAAGAAUUUUCGUACCUCGAGAAUCUGGAAGGUUUGGAGUGUUUAAACCUUGUUCAAACAUGUGUAAGAACUGAACGUCUUUGCAAAAUACUGCAAAAAAACCAACGGAUGCGUGAGUUAUGUUGGAACUCAAGCCAUAUUAUAAACAUAGACGCAGUUUUAAUAGAAUUAGGAAAUUUGUGUCGUGAUUUAGAAGUAAUAUAUUCAUUGAACGCAGAGACUUUUACAUUUCAGGGUAUUUAAUGCUCUCGCUAACUGUAAGAAUUUACGAAAAGUGAACCUUAUUUUUCCAGGAUAUCUAGUUAAUGAGAGUUUAUUUAGAUUACUUUCUUCUUAUCAAAACUUGCAAGAAGUAUAUUUGUACCAUUUGUACCAUACUGUCCUCACUGAUCACCAGUUGGAAUUACUAGCGCAGUGCAAAAACUUGAAAAAGUUAUAUUUUUAUUCUGUGAAAUUUUAUAAAUCUGAUAAUUAUUUCGUUAUUUUCGAACAAUGUCCUAAAAUGCAAGAGUUUUAUCUCAUAUACUAUCAUAUAAGCGAUCAAUUAGUUAAUCAAUGGAAAGAGAGAUAUCCGCAAGUGUCCGUUUAUACAUACGACCAAAAUAAUUUUAU